UCCUCUUCCCCACGCCAACGGAGAAGCAGAAAACAGGGAGCCCCGAGACCGAGGGUGUGUGUAUGAAUUUUUCUCAUAUUUUAAACCAGAUUUCUACAAUCUAGAGCGACUCGACGUUUAAAGGAUUCUGGAGGAAAGUGCGAAGACGAGUAAAGAAAAAAAAUAUAUCUAUCAGACGGGUGCCCUGCGCACUACUGCAUCCCUCUCCUCCAUCUCUUUCUCAUCUCUCCUCCUUCUCUGCCUCUGUGCUUUUACAAGACUCCUAGCUCUCCCAUCCUGCAUAUCCCCCAGUGACUGAUCGUUUACUGCAAACCGUGAGCUAGUCGUCCUUCUUUUGUCGGAGUUUGAUCCACGUUUCUGAGCUGCUGGAAGUAUACCGCCAGAGCCCCUGAGAGGUGGCCGGACUCUGUAGCUUUCGUCUUCCCCGAUACGAGAGGAUCAUCGAGGGGACCUUGCGCGGAGUCACAGGGACUGGAAAUUAUUUAGCCCUCUCACAUCAACGUACCGCAUGGUGGGAAUUUCUGCCUCUUUUCAGUAUCGCACUGGGAAGCGCUCCACCAUGCCCGACUCACCUGCGGACGUCAAGACACAGUCCAGGUUGACCCCCCCUACCAUGCCACCCCCACCCAGCACACAAGGAGCACCACGCAACAGCUCCUACACUCCCACAACAUUAACCAAUGGCAGUAGCCACUCUCCUACAGCGCUCAACGGCGCCCCAUCUCCUCCAAACGGCUACAGCAACGGUCCUAGCUCCUCCUCCUCAUCCUCACUGGCCAACCAGCAGCUGCCGCCGGCCUGUGGCGCCCGGCAGCUCAGCAAGCUCAAGCGCUUCCUUACAACUCUACAGCAGUUUGGAAAUGACAUCUCACCUGAAAUCGGCGAGCGGGUCCGCACAUUAGUGCUAGGACUAGUGAAUUCCACGCUAACCAUCGAAGAAUUUCACUCCAAGCUCCAAGAAGCCACCAACUUCCCUCUGCGACCUUUUGUCAUACCCUUUCUGAAGGCCAACCUGCCACUUCUUCAGAGGGAGCUGCUGCACUGUGCCAGGCUGGCCAAGCAGAACCCGGCUCAGUACCUGGCCCAGCACGAGCAGCUGCUCCUGGACACCAGCACCACCUCCCCAGUGGACUCCUCUGAACUCCUGCUGGACGUCAAUGAGAAUGGCAAGAGAAGGACGCCAGACAGAACCAAAGAGAAUGGCUUCGAGCGAGAUGGUGCCCUGCACCCAGAUGUUCACCCCAGCAAACGGCCCUGCACCAUAAGCCCCGCCCAGCGCUUCAGCCCAUCCAAUGGGCUCUCCUACCAACCCAACGGCCUGCCCCACCCGGGCCCACUCCCUCCGCAGCACUACAGGCUGGACGACAUGGCCAUUGCUCAUCACUACCGAGACACCUACAGACACCCCGCCUCCAAUCAUCGGGAGAUCCGGGAGAGAGCCAGGUCCAUUGGUAUGCACACUGGGACCAGGCAGGAGGAAGUGAUUGACCACAGGCUGACAGACAGAGAGUGGGCUGAGGAGUGGAAGCACCUUGACCAUCUGCUGAACUGUAUAAUGGACAUGGUGGAGAAAACGAGGCGCUCGCUAACGGUGCUGCGGCGGUGCCAGGAGGCCGACCGUGAGGAGCUCAACUACUGGAUCCGACGAUACAGCGAUGCUGAAGAGCUGAAGAAGGGCACCGCGAGCGGGCAGUCAAGGCAGCAGAGCCCCACAACACAGGAAAAUGCAACAUCAGAAAUUCACAGGGAGCUGCUUCAUCGACCUGUUUCUGGCUAUGUCCCUGAAGAGAUCUGGAAGAAAGCUGAAGAGGCAGUGAAUGAGGUAAAGCGGCAGGCGAUGUCAGAACUGCAGAAGGCCGUGUCAGAGGCCGAGCGCAAGGCCCAUGAGAUGAUUAGCAGCGAGCGGGCCAAGAUGGAGCGCACGGUAGCCGAGGCCAAGCGGCAGGCAGCCGAGGAUGCGCUCUCUAUAAUCAACCAACAGGAGGACUCCAGCGAGAGCUGCUGGAACUGUGGCCGCAAGGCCAGUGAGACAUGCAGCGGCUGCAACACAGCGCGUUACUGCGGAUCCUUUUGCCAGCAUAAGGACUGGGAGAAACACCACCAUGUCUGCGGUCAGACCCUCCAGGCCCAGCAGCAGCAGGCCAGCCAGCAGCAGGGAGGCGUUCCUGGGUCAGAGACCCCUGCUCCCAUCAGCUCAUCAGCCUGCACCCCGAGCAGCGGGACUGGGAGUCCGGCUGCUACCCCGCCUGCUGCUACCCCUCGCUCAUCCACCCCCAGUACCCCAUCCUCCUCUGCCCUGGAUGGCACACCACGCUAAGAGACUAGCAGAGAGGAUGGAGGCAAAGGCCUCCAGGGCCUAACAACCAGCCCUCAACCCCACAAACAGCAUGACUGUCUACGUUGCCUUGCAAAGAUGCUAAGCUAACGUGGCUAACAGAAAGAGAUGACAAUGCUUCUGUCUAUCGUGCAGCGUAGUCAUAGACGGAGGAGGAGGUCCAUAAUCAGGUCAUAUUGACUUGCCAUGACUUUAAAGAAACACAAAGAUAUUCUUUGUUUUGAAUGAAUGAAUUUAAAUAUUGACAUCCUUUUAUCGUUACACUUGCUAUUCUUGUUGUCCGUUUGUCGUUGUGCCUGUUGUUGUCAAUGUUGCUGUCAUUGUAGCUUAUUUUCUCCUGUAAAUAUGAGACUGAGACUGAGACUGAGCAGAGAUAGCCAUGAACUCAAGACCAGUAUAUCUGACCUCCCCCUUUUUUUUAAAAAAAAAAAAAGUUUUUAUUUUCCAUCCUUGAAUUAAUGCUUAUUUCCUUCCUGUACCUGAGACAUGAGACUAGUCAACCUCAAGAAGGCAUUUUACCUAACAGCAUACCAAGGGAACAUAACUAGCUAGCAGAAUGUCAUCAGCGUUCUUUUUAAGGAAAGAAAUGAAAUAUAAAUACUCUGAAAGACAAACCGACGGAUGGAUACAUAAAUAAAUUUGCUGCCUGGAGAGGGGAGAGGGAUGGACUGAAUCUCUGGUCCACAGACCGCCAUGAAAUGGGCAGAUGUGCAGCAGAUUGCAAGCAGAGCCAGCUGUUCAACCAAUGUUAUUUCCCUCUCACUUGUAAUAAUAUCCAGGUCAGUGGGCUGGGAAAUACAAAUCCGUCUUCCUGAAGGAUGUAAAAGGAAGAAUUCUUGGACAAGAUACAAAACUUUGCCCACUGCACAUGUGGAGGAUGUUCUGACUACAAUUCACGCGUGCAUGCUUGGUGGGUCACAGAAGCUCUCAAACAGGAAGUGAAGUCAUCAUCCCACUGGCGAGACUGUCACCUCGAGAGCAGCCGCUGGGCCACGCAGAGCUGAAAACCUGCAGUGUGGAGACUCACCCCAGACGCUCCCCUCCUGUCUCAACUCUGAAAAACAUUUUCAUCUUUCUUCAUGUUCUUUUUCUAUAGAUGUCAUGGUGUUAAAGACUUCUGUCCUGUGGUGUCAUCAAUGGUUAUUUAUUGUAUAUGUGUUGGACAAUUGUGACAAUGCAUAGUACUUCAACCAGUCACAACUCUAAGUCCUUCAUAACUCUCUCUCUCUCUCUAGCUGGUUCAAAAAGAUAUAAAAAAAAAGAAGUGUUAUCUUUUUUCCAAGCUGCUUUUCUAUUCUGUGUGUAAGUGGUAGAUCCCUCGUAGUUACUAUAAGUUUUACUUCCCGUUGUCCUCAAGAAAAGACACAAGCUAUAUCUCAGAGCUGCUACUUGAGUCCGACCCAGAUCUCUUCUGAGAACUAGCAUGUUGCGCGGAAUGCUAACCUAAAUGUUUUGUACAAGGGACAUACAUAAAUGUAUUUGCACUGUCACAGAGGUUAUUUCGGCAUGCUUCUUUUCAGCAUACUUGUGUUGUCAGUAUAGAGCCAUAAUUCAUCAACCAUUUUGUAUGUAGUGAUAGCAUAAUCUGUUUUUACAUUUUUGGGGAUGGGGGUGGGGGGUUGGAAAAAUGUAAAAUCACCAAACCCACUUUUUUUUCUUCUUAACAUGCUAACAAAAGCAGCCAUACUUUUUUUUUUUUUUUUGAAUAGUUACAGACAGUGCAUGCACAUUAACUGAGCGUUUGUUAAAUAUUUGUUAUUUUUUAGAAAAACUGAAAAAGAAUCAAAAAAAGUUAAAAAAAAUACAAAAAAUAUUCUAACAAACUAACUUUCCAAAUGCAGAGGUGUAGACUCCGAUUGACAGCUUUAACACUGCAAAGCACCAGGUAACACACAGUAUUAACACAAGAGAUAAACAAAAAAAAAAAAAAAACACCAAAAACAGCCAAAGACCGACACCAAGGACCAAAAUCCUGA